AAGCGCGACUGCGAGGCUGUUGAUCUGCGGCGUGCAGCCUCGUCUCACGUCAGCGCCUUAGCGCCUGGAGUCAGUGCGCGGCUCUUAGGAGGAGGCAGACAUGAUUCCCACACUCAACCAGGGGAUAUGGAGGCCGCCAACGAUCUCAUUGCGCCGUUUAGGCUGGAGAUCAAGGACCUCGGGGAUCGCAGACGAGAGAUCACCUAUGAGACUGACGCACGCGAGGACGAGAGGAUCCCUGUAACAACACUGUGGACGCGGAAGCGCUACUUUACGCACAAAGAGACGGUCUACAAGAAUGUAUACCUGGACGAAAGCACCGCCGGGCAACUGCGCGUGGUCAAGGAAAUCUUGCAUCAAGACCCAACCCGCGGGAAUCGGUGCUUGGAGCUAGAAGCUGCAGCCCGGAUAGCUAAAGAUAUAGGUCCUAGCUAUACCCGCCUCUUCGUCGAGUUCCUGGGCUGGUUUGAGAUUCCAGAUGGAGUCGCACUCGUGCUGGAAUACUGUGCCCUCGGGGACAUCGAUCAGUUCUUCGUGGAGCCAGUGUCAGAGCAGGUUGCCAAAACAGUCGCAGGACAGCUACUCGAGGGAUUGGCCGCAUUACAUGGAUUGGGGAUAGCUCACCGCGAUAUCAAGCCGCAGAUCCGAUCGUGGUGAAGAUUGCAGACUUUGGCGUCAGCAAGUACACGGCUGAUCGGACCAGUCUCAGGAGUCGGAGCUUGGCGAGUACUAUCAGGGAAAUGCACCCUACCCAGAUGGCCCUCUUAUCGAACACGGAGUGGGAAGCUCUGGACGAAGCUUUAUCCAGUCCUUGAUGAGCCCUGUCCCAGGCAAUCGACCACGAGCGUCCAAGGAUUUAUUAAAAGAGUGGGAGAUAGGCAUAGAUU